GGACUUGGUCAGGGAAUUUGGGUCCAGGUCCGGCCACCAGCCACCCGGGUGACCUUGGGCGGUUCUCUCUGGGACCUCAGUUUUCUUCUAAGAUGAGAGGGCUCUGAAGUCCCUUCAAGCCCCAAAUCCCAUGAUCCCUUCGAUCUCGUUUCCCCCAGCCUGGGAAGAGCCUUGUCUAGACAUCUGCCCCGAGGCACAACACCCCCGACCUCCCUCCCCAUCCUCCUUCCCCAAUUCCCAGGCUCCGGUGCUCUCCUGGCCCUUUGAUCCCGGGGUGAGUUGGGUUGGAGGUCUGUCGCCUUGGACGGAGCGCACGCCUGGUGGUUCUGUGGCUGAAGCCAGCAAAAGGCCAGUGUUGGUUCUUCAGAAUGAAGCAGUCUAUUCACAGCGUCGACCUUACACCAGUGAAGAUGAAGCUUGGAAAUCUUUCCUGGAAAACCCUCUUACUGCAGCCACCAAAGCGAUGAUGAGUAUCAAUGGAGAUGAGGACAGUGCAGCAGCUCUCGGCCUGCUCUAUGACUAUUAUAAGGUUCCCAGAGAGAGAAGAUUAUCAACAGCAAAGCCAGAUGUUGAACACCCUGACCCAGAUCACAACAAAAGAAACAGCAUACCAAAUGUGACUGAACAACCCCUCAUUUCUGCUGGAGAAAACAGAGUGCAAGUUCUGAAAAAUGUGCCAUUUAACAUUGUCCUACCCCAUGGCAACCAACUGGGCAUCGAUAAGAGAGGUCAUCUAACUGCCCCUGACACAACGGUCACUGUGUCCAUAGCGACAAUGCCUACACACUCCAUCAAGACGGAAUCUCAGCCACACAGCUUUGCUGUAGGAAUUCCCCCAGCAGUUUAUCACCCUGAACCCACUGAGCGUGUAGUGGUGUUUGACCGCAGCCUUAACCCUGACCAGUUCAGCUCAGGUGCUCAGCCCCCAAAUGCGCAGAGGCGUACUCCAGAUUCUACCUUCUCAGAGACCUUCAAGGAAGGCGUGCAAGAGGUUUUCUUUCCUUCAGAUCUCAGUCUGAGGAUGCCUGGCAUGAAUUCAGAGGACUAUGUGUUUGACAGUGUCUCAGGGAACAACUUUGAAUAUACUCUAGAAGCCUCCAAAUCCCUCCGACAGAAGCCAGGAGAUAGCACCAUGACGUAUCUGAACAAGGGCCAGUUUUACCCUGUCACCUUGAAAGAAGUGAGCAGCAACGAAGGAAUUCACCAUCCCAUCAGCAAAGUCCGGAGUGUGAUUAUGGUGGUGUUUGCUGAAGACAAAACUCGGGAAGAUCAGCUAAGGCAUUGGAAAUACUGGCACUCCAGGCAACACACGGCCAAACAAAGAUGCAUUGAUAUAGCUGACUAUAAGGAAAGCUUCAAUACCAUCAGUAACAUUGAAGAGAUUGCCUAUAAUGCCAUUUCUUUCACUUGGGACAUUAACGAUGAAGCAAAGGUUUUCAUCUCUGUGAACUGCUUAAGCACAGAUUUUUCCUCUCAGAAGGGUGUGAAGGGGCUGCCCCUUAACAUUCAGAUUGACACGUACAGCUACAAUAACCGAAGCAACAAACCUGUUCACAGGGCCUAUUGCCAGAUCAAAGUCUUCUGUGAUAAGGGUGCUGAACGGAAGAUCAGGGAUGAGGAGCGAAAACAAAGCAAAAGAAAAGGCAAGUGUACUGACCCCAGCUCCCAGUUGAAUGCCUGUCUUGACGUUAAAGUGCCUCUGCUUCCGUCCCACAAAAGAAUGGACAUCACAAUUUUCAAGCCCUUCAUUGAUCUUGACACUCAGCCUGUUCUCUUUAUCCCUGAUGUGCACUUUGCCAACCUUCAGCGUGGUGCUCACGUUCUUCCUAUUGCCUCAGAGGAGCUGGAAGGUGAAGGGUCCAACAUGAAAAGGGGACCAUAUGGAACUGAAGAUGACUUCACUACUACACCUCCUGCUAAACUGACCAGGAUAGAGGAACCUAAGAGAGUACUGCUCUAUGUUCGAAAGGAGUCAGAGGAAGUUUUUGAUGCACUGAUGCUCAAGACUCCGUCUUUGAAGGGCCUAAUGGAAGCUAUAUCAGAUAAAUAUGAUGUCCCUUAUGAUAAAAUUGGAAAAAUCUUCAAGAAAUGUAAAAAAGGAAUCCUGGUGAACAUGGAUGAUAACAUAGUGAAGCACUAUUCUAAUGAAGACACCUUCCAGUUGCAGAUUGAAGAGGCAGGGGGAUCAUACAAACUUACUCUUACUGAGAUCUAAAGGCAACCAAAUCCAGAACUCUGCAUGGGCUAAAUGAAGGUGUUAAAUGGACCUUUUUGUCAAACUGUAGGUACAACAAUGAAUCACUUCCCAAAGAGGGACACUAGUGGAAGUGAUUCAUUUGAGUUCUUGAAGGGAACAGAAGAGCAUUUGGAUUGAAAAUGAUAACAUUGAUAUAUUUUGCAUUGUUCUUCAGAUGACAUAGAAUCAAUAUGUGAAAUUUCUAAUAGUUUACAUUUAUAGAGCAUGUGAUAGCUACAAAGUACUUUAUACACAUUGUUCCAUCUGGACCUCCUGAUAACUCUGUGAGGCAGAUAACAGCAAGUACUAUCCCAAUUUUAUAAAUGAGAAAACUAAAAUUUAGAGAGAGUAAGUCAUUUACCCCAAAUCAUAUAGCAGGUGGGAAAACCAACAUCUAAACCUGUACUUUAAGUCUACUGCCCUUCCCAUUGUACUGUACCACAUCUAAAUUUAGUACUAAAAGAAUAUUUAUCCCAUGGCUUAGUGAAUCAGUAGACUGCCAUUUACCAGUUUCUUAUCUGUUCUACCUACUUACUUAAGGAAAUUUCAGCAAAGAACAAUAGAUUUUAGUUUAAGCUUUUUUUACUCUCAACUGUCUUGAAUGUCUGGUGAGAUUGUAUCAUGCUUGUGAGAGUUAGACUGGAAGACCAUUAUUCUAUAACCUCUUAUCCUCUAUAAGUGUUUACUAAAUAGGUAUGAUACUGAAAUCCUUCUUUUCAACUUUCUUGGAUGUAUAAUAAUGGCCUUAUGAAGAACUGAAGUGGGUUAUAGUAUAAAAUCAUUUUAGAUAAAACUGUAUUGUAUAUAAGUGCAAUAUAUUUUUGAAGGUUCUGUAAAUGUGUGUAUAUAUACAUAUGUCACAUAAAUAUAUAAUAUAUAAAUAUGGUAUCCAUGUACAUAUAAUGAUGAAAUUCAAUGAACGCUAUCUCAAAGAAAUUACAUAAACCAAGGUAAAAUUAUUUUUGAUGGCAUAUACCAAAAUGAUCAAAUACAGCAUUGAAAUGUUCUUUUGAUAAUGUUUUCCCAAACACAUAUAUUUAUUCCAUAGCAUUGUAAUACAUUCUAGUAUUCUACAUGAGGUGGCUAUGUCAAGGUAUCUGCACUACGUUAAUGAGUGAAAUUUAAAAACAAAGCAUUCCUAUACUCAAAUAUGUUGUGAGUGUGGCAGACAAACAUGCCUCUAUUAAGUGAACCAAAAAAUGAGUGAAUAGGCUAUAGUUAAUAUGCACUAAAUGAUAAAACUUAACUCAAACUAGAGUGCCUCUUAAUCUACUGCCUUGAAGAUGAGCGAAGUUUUACUUUAAACUGUUUAGAAGCCUCAGGCUUUGAUUCUUUUCUAUUACAGUUUUGGGAAACAUUCAUGAAUUUAUGACUAAGUAACUAUAGCAGGGGAAAUUUUGUAUACAUAUAAAUAUAUCCAGCUACUGAGAAGUGUAAAUUUAUAACACAAAUACAAUCACGGGUAUUUCUUCGGUUCAGGGAUAUAGCAUAGGCCCUUUGUACAAGUAGGAUUGAUAGCAAUAUUUUUGUGUUUCAAAUAUUUUAAUGAAGUAUGGAACUAAUUUGAUGAUUUGUUUUCUAAUAUAAGAUACUAUGGGACACGGGUCAUAUAACAAUGUUUUAUAUUUUGUUUUAUGAAACUGAUUUUUGCCUUGUGUGCUGUUUUUAAUUGUAUCAUUGAAGAUGUAUUUUAAGUCAAAGGGAUUAAAUUUUAUAUGUCUAUUUCUUAAUAUCACUUUCUCUUAUAUGGUCUCCUAAUUUGACUUUGUCUUGGCAUGAGCCAGAAAAGGAUGGUGUCUUCCUAAUUCCUACUUUCUUGCCAGAGCUAGAUGGGUGCACUGGAUAGAUUACUGGGCCCGGAGUCAGGAAAAUAUGAGUUCAAAUCUAGCCUCAGACACUUACUAACUGUGUAUCCCUAGGUAAAUCAUUUAAACUCUGUCUGCCUCAGUUUCCUCAACUGUAUAAUGGGGAUCUUAAUGGCAACUACUUAAUGGGGUUAUUGUGAGAAUCAAAUGAGAUUCUCCGUAAAGCACUUAACACUAUGACUGGCCCAUAGGUAGAGAUUUACUAAAUGCUUGCUUCCCCUCCCUUUCCCUAUACAUACAUAAAUGCCACAAAAUUGGGACAGAAAUCAAUUAUACUUUUGGCUGAAAUAUUAAAAAAUAUGUCCAUUAAAUGCCCUUUAGAUCUAAAUUUCUAAUCUUCUCCUUCCCUUUCUUUCCUUUUUUAUAGCUUAAGUGAAAAGGAAUUCUAGGUCAGAAUUGUGCUUAAGCUUACAGUUUUGUUGAAACCAAAA